AUGGACAAGAUUCAGGCGGAUUUGAGAAUCUCGGAGGAGAGGCAGAGCAGCCUCUGCAGAGCGUACGAGAGCUUGCAUGCCGAAGCGAACUCCGUCGUUCUGUUUUCUCUGCAGUGGAAGGAGCUCGAGGAGCACUUCGAGUCGACCCGUAGCGAGAUCCGGACCCGAUUACAAGAACUCGAGAACCGCGAGAAGGAGAUGGACGAUCUUGGGAAGCGGCUGGAGGCGUCAGAGUUGAGAUUCGACUCGGAGAUGGCAGCCAAAGCUUUGGAAUUGCGUGGAAUCGAGAAGUCGAUUGCGGAGAAAGUGAAGGAGUAUGAAUCAGGUAAGCUCCGCUUGAAAUCGGUUGAUUUGUCGAUCGAUGUUAAAAAGAGGCAAGUUUCGGAAGUUGAAAGCUUGGUUAGAGAGAAGGAGAGGGAGCGGGAUUCAAUUGAUAGAUGUAUCGAAGAGCGGAACAAGAUAUUGAAUUGGUUUGUGAAAAAUGCGGAAGAGAGGUCUGUGGAGAUUGAGGCUAAAGAGAAGGAAGUGGAAGAGGUCAGGACGGUGUUGAGCAAGUACGGAGAUGAUAUUGAGUUGAAGGAGAGGCGGUUAAAUUCGAUUAUGGAGUCGAUUGAGGAGCGGACUAAAGUGUAUGAUUUGAAAGAGGAGGAGAUUAGAAGGGCGGAAAGAUCGAUUGAAGAAUGUGACAAGAAGACGAAAUUGAGAAAGGAGAAACUCAGUUUGAUUGAGAUAUCGAUCAAAGGAUGUGAGGAAGAGAUGAAAUCGAAAAAGGAGAAACUUAGUUUGAUUCGGAAGUCAUUGGCUGAAUGCUCUAAUACACUGGAAUCCAGAGAGAAUGCAAUUAGGGAAUUGGAGUUGAAAGAGAGGGAUUUUUGUUUGCUCAAGAAACCAAUGGAGGAGUGGUCCUGUAAACUUGAAUAUAAAGAAAGGGAACUCUGCGGAUGGUUGGAGAAGCUUGAACUGAAAGAAAAAGGAUUUGAGCAGAAACUAGAGGAACUUCAUUUGAUUGAUAGGAGGGUUAAUGAUAUCUUCGAUGACGUUCAGUUGAAAGAAAAGCAUUUGGAUUCACUCCAACAAAUGAUACUUGAACAUGAAAAGCGUUUGGAUUCACUCUCCAAUGGACUUCAAGUUAAAGAAAGGAAACUUGAACUACAGGCCAGAACGCUUGAAUUUAGGCAGAGAAAGUUUGAUUCUAUUCGUAAAUCCGCUGAAGAACGUUCCAAGAAAAUGGCAUUGGAGAAGAAGACUAAUAUCCUUAAUUCUCAGGUGAAGAUUGAGCAAUUGGAACAUAAUCCUGCUAACAAUCCCUCUGUUCCUUUGCCCGCAAUUAUCCAAUCCAGCAUCAACAUGAGUAGUAAGGACUUGCAGUUGUUUCUGAACGAGCAUUUGAAGAGACAUGAUUUAUUGGGUACCGAAAUCUCAGGGAUUCUUCAAGCGUCAUCAGACCCCGCCAAAUUAGUUUUGGAUGCAAUGCAAGGGUUUUACCCUUCAAGUUUGGUUGUGGAAAAUAAGGAGUGUGAUUUUGACGUGAGCGUUAUUAGGAGGAGUUGUAUUCUUUUGUUACAGGAGUUAAAGAGAGUCUCACCGCAAAUUAAUCCUCCGGUGAGGGAAGAAGCAAGAAAGUUGGCAGGUGACUGGAAGGAUAAAAUGACGGUGGCAGUAGAAAAUGGGUUGGAGGUUCUGGGUUUUUUGCUGCUUAUUACUACAUUUGACUUGACCUCCACGUAUCCUGAGAGUGAGCUUCAAAGUCUUCUUCUUGUGGCUGGUCAGCAAGCACACGUUGCACAGGCUACUGGAUUGAGCCUUGGCAUCUCAGAUAAGGCACCCGAGUGCAGCAUAACCUCUGUCAAAAUUGUGGAACCUGAAUCUUCACUGGCCAAAAGUGAAGCAACUUUAUCUUCUCCAUAUUUUCAACCAAGUGCCACCAUUGAUGCAAGGACUUUGCAGGGGAUUUUAAUUGAGCAUAUGAAACAAAAUCAUUCAAUGCAAAAAGAAAUGUUGGCUGCUCUUCAAAUGUCAUCAGACCCAGCAAAACUUGUGUUGGAUGUGAUUCAAACAUCUUUUGCUCGAUACUGGAGUAGAGGAGAGGUUGCUUUAGAAGAAACUUUCAUGUUAAGCAUGAUCGACCUUCUGGAGGAGCUAAUGAGAGUCUCUCCGAAUGUUGGACCUCAUGUGAAAGAGGAUGCAAUAAAGCUAGCGUACACGUGGGAAGCAAAAAUGAAGGGCAACACUGAAAAUUCAUCGGAGAGUUUGGGAUAUUUGCAGUUUUUAGCUACAUACAGAUUGCUUUAUCGUUUAAAUGAAGAUGAGAUCAAAAAGAUUCUUGGGAUGAUUUAUCAGCAUAAGCAGGCCCUAAAAAUAUGCCAGACACUUGGUUUUGUCCCAGAAUUUGUUAAGAAGCUAAUUGAGAGGAAGCAACUUCUAGAGGCUGCUAGACUUAUUUGCACCUUCAAGAUAGCUGAAAAGUUCCCCCCGGUACGGCUUCUAAAAGAAUAUGUGGAGGGUGCAAGGAAGUCUUGCAGGAAAAUGUGGAGGAAAAAGAAAUCACUUGAUGAAAAGGAGGAGGUUGUAGACCAUUUAAUAGCUGAUCUAAGAGCUGUGACUCAAUGCUUCCAAGAUUACAACCUCGAGUCUGAUUACCCAUCCAAGGGCAUCGAUAUGCUGAUAGUUGAGCUGGAAAAAAUGAAGGAGAACUGGAGACGUUGUGAGCAAUCUCUCGUGUCCAAGGUCGAGCAAGAGGUGAAUGAACCGUCUCCUGCCUCCAACGUCGGACAAGAGGGGGAAAAGGAGGACCAGUCUCCUUGCCCCAAGGUUGGACAAGAGGAGCGAAAAGCUUCUCCUUCCUCCAGGGUCGGACAGAAAGAGAAGAAAUCCCCUCCUUCCUCCAAGGUCGGCGAGGAGGAGACGAAACCGUCUCCUGCCACCGAGGUCCGAAAAGAGGUGAAUAAAGUGAAGAAACUGGUGAAAAAGGUGAAGAAGCCCUCUCUUGCCUCCAAGGUUGGACCAGAUGAUAAAGCGGAGAAGAAACCGUCUCUGGCCUCCACGGUUGAACAAGAGGAGAAAACAGAGAAGAACCCAUCUCAUGCCUCCACGGUCGAACAAGAGGAGAAAACAGAGAACCCCCCUCUUGCAUCCGCGGUCGAACAAGAGAGCAAAACGGAGAAGAAACCAUCAGCCUCCAAGGUCGAGCAAGAGGAGAAAUCAGAGAAGAAAUCUCUUGCCUCCAACGUCCAACAAGAGGAGAAAAACGAGAAGAAACGCAGUGCCAGUGCUUCCGACUCCACAUUUCAACGGCAACAACGUCAAAGUAAACGUCCUCGGAUACAUGUACCAGCAGCUACACCGUACCGAAUGUCAACCGUCCCUCCUGCCUACAUGUACAUGUUCUGGCCCAACCCUCCUACAUAUGGCUAUUAUUAAACCUAGUACGAAGAACCAGCCAUGCAUGCUAACCUUGAAGAACCAAUUGUGCGUGCUGAUUUUGAUUUUUGCCACCCUCUUGUGGCUCAGUUGUUGAAAUCUUCACUUGGCUUUUUUGGAUCCAAGAGUUUUGGAAAUCUUUGACGUAG